AUGGCGGAAUUCUCAGUCGACCCACAACGUCAAAAAGCUGCAGAAGAAAGUAACAAGGCCUACAAAGAAGCUUCUGAAAUUGCCGCAACUCAGUUGUUCCCGACCCAUCCAAUCAGGUUGGGCUUAGCUCUCAAUUACUCAGUUUAUUUCUACGAAAUUAUGAACGAUCCAGACGAAGCAUGUCGUCUUGCACAAACAGCAUUUGAUGAUGCAAUCUCUAGGCUAGAACAUUUGUCAGAAGAAAGCUACAAAGAUUCCACCUUGAUAAUGCAACUAUUGCGAGAUAAUUUAACUCUUUGGACGUCAGAUCCUGAAAGAGAUGGUAA